AUGAGCGCAUGUUAAUAUCUCCGUUAAUCUGAACGUGUUAUCUAGUGUGUCCCAUAGUGUCCGUGUGAGUCUGAAGCAGUCAGUAAGUAUGCCAAUGUCUGACCGCUCGAGCUCUGACGGCGGCGGGGAGCCUCGGAGCCCUCGGAGCCGGAGACCCCGGACUCGUUCCCGCAGCCGCAACCGCGGGGACAGCCGUGAACGGAGCCUGUCUCCGGAUAGCUUUGGCCCCAAACUCCCGAAGCCACGCAACAGGGAGAGGGAAUGCGAGGAGCGGGAGCGCCGAUUCAAAGAGGCAAAAACCCUCAGACGGAUCCGCAUAGGAAGCCCCCACCGGAGCCGGUCACGGUCCCGGUCCAGAGAGCGGCACACCAACAACAACAACAACACCAACAACAGCAGCAGCAGCAGCAGCCACAACCACUGGCCCGAGCAGCGCGACGCUCCGGGAAAACACGGGAGCUCCAAAGACGACUACUACUACGAGCAGCAGAGGGACGAUGCUCAGAGACAGAGACAGGAGGCUUUUAUUGCCAGGCGUCUGCAGGAGCGGGAGAGGAUCGGUGAGCUAGGUUGUCCUGAAGUUUGGGGAUAUUCACCAAGAGUGAAGGAGCCAGACUCUGAUGAAUUCACUCCGGUUGAAGACGAGAAAAACAGCAGCUCAGAAUCGAGCUCAGAAGAAGAGAAGAGGAAGAAAAAGAAGAGGAAGAAAUCCAAGAAAAGAAAGAACAAAAAGCACUCAGAGGAUAGUGAGCUGCAAUCCGAUUCAGAUGAAGAAGAAGUAAAGAAGAAGAAAAAGAAAAAGAAGAGCAAAAAGUCUAAGAAGUCCAAGAAGAAAAAGGCGAAGAAGAGCCGCAAGGAGUCCAGCAACUCUAGUAGUGAAGAGUCAGAGGAGGAAGAGGAGGAGGAUCCUAACGCGGUGAUGUGGGUGGAGAAAACCUGCAUGGACGAACAUGUGGUUGGGCCUGAAGCGCCACUCACCCAUAUGUCCCAGGACGACAGACCUUUGGAUUUUGGCCAUGCACUGUUGCCAGGUGAAGGUGCUGCGAUGGCGGAGUACGUGAAAGCAGGCAAACGUAUCCCUAGAAGAGGAGAGAUCGGUCUCACCAGUGACGAGAUCGCAAACUUUGAGAAGUCUGGCUAUGUGAUGAGCGGCAGCAGACAUCGUCGUAUGGAGGCUGUGCGUCUGAGAAAGGAGAACCAGAUCUACAGUGCAGAUGAAAAGAGAGCUUUGGCAUCCUUCAACCGGAGGAGAGGAGGAGAGAGAGAGAGCAAGAUCCUGUCCAGCUUCAGGGAGAUGGUUUACCGGAAAACCAAAGGCAAGGAGGAGAAGUGAACGUCAC